AUUAUAUAUACAACCUCACAUUGAUCAAAUUAAUCACCCUUUUCUUAAUUACAACUUUAAUUUCAUCAUUAGUUCCUAAUUAAUGGCUCAAUCUUUGUUAUUCAAAGUGAAGAGACAUGACCCUGAAUUUAUAAAACCAUCAAAACCAACUCCUCAUAUAAUAAAACUACUCUCAGAUAUAGAUGACCAACCUACGUUACGUUUUCAAAUUCCAGUGAUACAAUUUUACAAAUAUGAUCCAAAUAUGAAUGGGAAAGACCCUAUUGAUGUUAUUAGAAAAGCACUUUCAAAAGCACUUGUGUUUUAUUAUCCAUUUGCAGGUAGAUUGAGAGAAGGUCCUGGUGGGAAAAUUAUAGUUGAUUGUAAUGAUGAAGGUGUUUUGUUCAUUGAAGCUGAUGCUGAUGUUAGACUUGAACAAUUUGGUGAUGCUCUUGUAACGCGCCUUAAGUGUGGUGGUUUCAUUUUUGCUCUUCGCCUAAAUCAUACAAUGAGCGACGCAGCAGGUUUGGUCCAAUUCAUGAAUGCCGUGGGCGAAAUUUCUCGCGGGAUGAACAUACCUUCAAUCUUACCGGUCUGGCACAGAGAUCUUUUAAGUGCAAGAGAUCCACCAAGAGUGACAUUUCCUCAUCGUGAAUACGAACGAGUUCCAGAUACCAAAGGAACCAUUGUCCCCUUAGAUGACAUGGUUCACCGCUCUUUUUUCUUCGGUCCAACUGAGUUAGCCGCAAUUCGCCCUCAAUUUCCAUCACACUUACAACAACAAUCCAAAUUCGAAAUCAUCACUGCAUGUCUUUGGCGUUGUCGUACAAUCGCAUUACAACCUGAAACCGACGAAGAAGUUCGCAUAAUUUGCGUAAGCAGUACACGUGGGAAGUUUAAUCCACCGUUACCAAAAGGUUACUACGGAAACACUUUUGUGUUUCCUGUUGCAGUUACAACUGCAGGAAAACUAAUUGAAAAUCCGUUGGGAUAUGCAUUAGAGUUAAUUAAAAAAGCAAAAACUGAAGUCACUCAAGAAUAUUUACAUUCAAUGGCGGAUUUAAUGGUUAUCAAGGGUCGCCCUCAUAUUACGGUGGUGAGAAUGUAUUUAGUGUCCGAUGUUACACAUGCCGGUCUUCGAGAUGUUGAUUUUGGUUGGGGGAAAGCUGUGUAUGGAGGACCAGCUCAUGGAGGAGUUGGUGUUGUACCUGGUUUUGCUAGCUUUUAUAUACCUUUUAAAAAUGCUAAAGGAGAGGAAGGGAUAAUUAUACCACUUUGUUUGCCAACUCAAGCCAUGGCAAGGUUUGUUAUAGAGUUGGAUAGUUUGCUUAAGAACAACAUUAGCCAGCCUAUUAAGAGUGGUCCAAAAUCUGGUGUCAUUUUUUCUUCAUUGUAG